AUGUCACACAGAUCCGAUAUCGUAACCCCCACAGAAGCAACUGUCCAUGGCUCAGGAGCACAUGAAGAUUCUUGGAGUGGCCAUGAAACAGACUUGCAUCGACAGGACUUUGCAACGAUGACCUCAUCUUCCAGCCUGGACGAUCGGAACGGACGAGGAGAUGGAGCUGGAUGGGGAUUCGAGUUUGAUAUCGAGGCGAUGAAGCAGUCGACUGGAACAAGGAAGAAACAGCAACAUCGCAACGGAGACUACCAUAGCGAAGAUCAACGGAGCAUCGACGGUCAUGGGACUGACGACGACAACUGGCACACAGAGGGAGAGCGGUCUGGAACCGAUUCCAAGGCUGGAUUCAAUCCUCCUUCUGAAGUUGCAUGGGGCGAUGAUUGCCUUGACUCGAAUAGCCAGAGUCACCAGCGCCAGGACAAUUGCCUGCGUCAGGAACAUCUCCAGCGCCAACAACAACACGGACGUCAGGCCUAUCAGGAGCGUCAGGGUCAUCACGAGCGCCCGAGUCGCCACGUAGCCCAUCGCAGCCCUACCAGUGACCAUCAAAGACCAGGUGCAAUCAACACCUCAGGUUGGAACAGCCAUCAUCAAUGGUAUUCGAGGGAGGCAGAGGUCCAAGAAUCCAGUAACCGAAAUGCUGGAAAUCGAGGAGACCGCAAGGCGGACGAUGCCGAGGACGAUGUCUGGGGGUUGAAGCGGACAGAGCGGUGGACUGCAACCGAGGAAGAUGAAGCUGUCGAUGAGAAGGAGGAGGUAGUUCUGGACGAGUUGACAAAAUACUGGGCUCCAUCGAACAUCCUCGACUUAAUUCGACCUAACCGAUCAACGCAGGCGUUUUCCGACAAGCACACUAGACAUGGCGGACAACCCUACGACGGCGACAACUGGGGAGAUGCACCCGAGCCUACAAUGACCUACAACGGCGAGUAUACCAACACCGUCCUAGUUGAACAGAGGAAUAAGCAGUACUGGGAAUUGCGAGACGGAGAGUGGAUACUCUUGAACACGUCUUCGGGAAUGAUGGUUACCCCCCAGCAGAAAGGAAUCAACUCGGCAGCAUUAGAAGGCGACAACGGCAAUGGCCAGUCAAGUGAGGAUGAGAGCGACAACUACAGCCAGGGAUGGAGCGACUACCACCCUGAGGUCAGCUCGCCAACGCACUCUGUGAACCACGAAUCCGAACGCAAGAGAUACAGCGGAGUAUACCAAGGCCCCGCCCCACCAAACUCCGAUUCUCAAGAGUUCCUCUCCGAGGUGCGCCGAGAGAUUUCACCGGAGCAGUUCGAUCUUGACGCGGGCUUUAUCCCAGAAGACGAAUGGAGGAAACCUCUGUCUGCGAGAGCGAAGAAGCACGAAGAAGGCGAGCCUGGUCAGAUGAAGGACGAUCAAACUGGAUCCUGGGGACCGGAGAGGACAUCAUGGGAGCGACCAACCUCUCGGGCGUCAUCAUACUCCGAGUCAGAAUCUGUACUUGAUCUUCCGCCUGAUGCGUUACCGGAUUUCAGGACAGCAAAGCCCGGCGAGCCAACGAUCAUCACUCGAACCAACAUCCCUAGCAGCAACAGCAACAGGAACAGUUAUAAUAAUAAGAGUAACAACAGCAGCAACAACGACAACAGCAACAACGACAACGACAACAUCAACAGCAACAACACCACCGCCACCACCAACAACAACAACAACAACAACAAUGACAGCAAUAAUGGCAGCAACAAUGACAGCAACAGCAGCAGCAGUGCUCGCCCUCCUCCCCCAAAGAAAAAAGAUCCGGCCAAGGCAAUCGAAUCACAACCGGCAUUGCUUGUAGAUCUGGACGAUAAUGCAGCGACCAAAUCGCCGCCGAGUCAUGCAAGCAUGAAUAUGGCCCAGUCACUCAUCGGACUUGAUUUCAUUGAGGGACAGGAUGCUCAACCUCCUGCUCUCGAUUCUACCCAUGAUGCCGCGACAGCGGAGACAACCAGAGCGGGCCCGAAGAGCGCGGACGAGGACAAGCAAGACAAGAAUGAGAUCUCGACAUUGGUCACAAUUGCUAGCGAGAGCGUUGACAACACCCGCAACCCUGCAGAGACUGCGUCAUCGAAGCUAGAGGGUACAGUAGACCUUCUUCUAACUGACAUUCCGGCCCAGGAGUUGUCAAAAGGAGAAUCUGCUCUCGAUUUGCUCGGAAUUAACAGCACCGCUCAGCAGUCUUCCAAAGGAGAUUCUCUCGUUGAGCUGCUUGGAGCCACUACCCCUACACAGAGACAACCCAAAGAUGAGUCUGCCCUCGACAUAUUCGCAACAGCCAACGCAGCCCAGGAGCCAUCCAAGAAUGAGGUUGCUUUCGAUAUUUUUGGUGCCAGCGGUCCAAGUCAGGAGCGGUCAUUCAAGGGACCUUUACCGGGCGGAUUCCUCGACCUUGGCAGUCCAUACGACUGGUUGAACCAGAUUGCGUCCAGGAGUAUGCAGCAGUCGGAGGAGAGUCGCACCACCCAAAAGGAACAAUGGAGUGCUCUGAUGGCCAAACAGGAGGCGGACUCGAACAGGAUACAGAACUUUAUACAGAAUGCGACAACCGACAGUGCAAGCAGUACCGGCGCCAGUUCGAAGAGAGGAACCAAGUCCAAAGUGCCGUACUCGCUCGCUAUGGCUAUCGAGACCAAGGAUCACGGCCGACAAGUCCUGAAUGUCACCGAACGCGACGACCUCAAGGACAUGGUGGAGCGGUUUUGCGUCCAGUAUGACAUGCAAUCAUAUGAGAUGGCAUUGUGGGUGACGGUGGCCAAAGCAAUCAAGAAGAAAAAGAAGCAGCUUCGGGAGAGCAGCAUGCAGCAACAUCAAUAG